AUUUGGAGCGAAAAUGUGCCAAUCGUGUAAACAAACGCGUUUCCAUGUGGUCAAUAUCCUUCUGUCGAUCGUCACUUUUGAAGAUUACUAUUCAUGGGAGAAGUUCUCCAAUAAUUAAAAAAAUAUUCUCCCUUUGACUUUCAUAAUUGAUUCUUGAUUGUGAAAAUUUGAAUUGUUAGCCGGUCCUAUGGCUACUACAGAUGAUGCUACAAAUACACCGGAUUUACCGCUGAUCGACGCUUUUCUAUCGAAACUCUCUCAAUUCGAUAAAUAUGAGCUAUGUUCUCAACAAUCUUCUCAUUGGAUGUUGUCUACCAACGACUUCAAAGUGCCAACAGAACCUCCGCUUGGUAUUAUUACGAGUAUGAUACCCAUAAGUGGAAAUUCGUCAGUAGUUCUCCUUCCAACCCUUGAUAAUUCGGAAGAUGACGUUUUAGAUAUAAGACUAAUUCAUCAAAUGAUUAGGGAGUUAACUUUUGGAAUAUACGCCUUAAAUUCAAUGCCCGCUUGUUCCCUAGAAGCUAACUACGAUCAGAGUACUCAAUGCCAACUACCACCAGCUUACAUAGAUACCAAAGUUGGUCAACUAAUGAUCCAUGUAGAUUACAUAAUGAAGUCUUUGUGGCAUGGAGCGUAUAUGCCGACAGAUAAGAGAAAGGCGUUUACGGAUGUUUGGAGAACAAAUUUAGUAGUUAAUACUUCAACUGGUAAACCAGAAACUAAAAAGCCUAUAAUAACUGAAUUUAUAAGUGCUGGCACAAUGGAUAUUACAAAAGAUCCAGAGUAUGCUAACGUUUAUGAUAAUUUGAAAACUAUGGAUACCGAUGCCGAAGAGGCAAAAUUUUUUAUGAACCAUGUUGAUGAUAUGGCAAUGAUAAUGACGAUUUAUCAAAGAGCUAUUAUACAACAUAGAAACUUAUUUCUAAUCGAUGCCGAUUGGAUCGUAUCUUCAAAUAUAAGGACUAUUGAUGAAAAAGUAGAUAAAAACGCUUAUGAACGUCUACAUAAUAGAUUACAAUUACAUGAACUUAUAAUCAACGAAUACUUGUCUCAAAAGAAGGAAACAGCUUUUAACCUGCAAAUGAUGAAAUUAAUUAGUUUUCUAGUCCCGUGGCUAGUCGGUAUGAAAAAACGUAUGAAAAUACCUAAUCUUAAAACUUUUCUACCAAAUUUAAAGGGCGAUGAAGUUAGAACAGAAAGGGAACUUCCACCUUUAAUUCAAUCUCCUGACUUUAAGUGUAAGAAUUUCAUGUUCGGACCCGAAAGAUAUUUUCAUCUUCAUGGAUGCAUACAAUUCGAUCAUGAAACGCCUUCUUGCGGAGAAGUUCCGGAAGAACUCGCUGCAAGACAUGAUGAAAUUCUGGAACAAACUAUUGCGAGAGAUAGCAGUUGGUUGGAUCCUAAUACUAAACCUCCACAGGAUAACGUCUAUCCCGCUGAAAUAGUUACCAUUAAUGGGAAAAGAUACCACGCAAUUGCCAUUCAAUUUGAAACCUAUUAUCAUCAACAGCCGCAAAAACCUCCUUGGGUAUGUACGAUGAGUGAAAGAAUAGGCCAAAUGCGACUAAAGACUAUGACUGAACACGACGUACACGACGUAUUUAGAAAACAUUUUGGAACUAAGAAAGCUAUAAACUAUAAAAAUCAAUUACUAGGCCUAUCAGCCGCAGCUAGGAGGGGAUUAGUAGCAACUUUUAAUACUUUAGCAAGAAAAUGCCCCCCAUCAAGACUUGGUAAACAAGAUGAUAACGGACUAUCUUUGUUACAUCAUGCAGCAAUGAAUAAUAGACCCCACGUAAUAGCUCAACUUAUCCUUCACAGUAUGGAUGUGAAUGUACGAAAGAGUAACAAUAUACAAAUUUCUGGACCAACGGCAUUACAUCUUGCUGCUCGUUGCGGUUCAUUCGAAGCUGCAACUUGCUUAGUUGCUAAUUAUGCUAAUUUAUUGGCGACUGAUCAAGAUGGUUGGGUUCCUGCUCAUUAUGCAGCAUUCUACGAUAAUGUACCAAUUUUAAAACUAUUAAUUGGUAAGGAAAGUGCACUUUUAGAAUUUCAAACCAAAGACGACUCUGGAGCUUUGGAAGCUUUAAAGUGCUUAUUGGAUUUAGGAGCCUACGUUCAAAGAAAAGAUGACAUGAAUAAUAACGUAAUAGAAGUUGCAGCAAUGAGGUUUCAUACAAAUGUCUUAGAGUUUUUUAUUGAUUGGGACCACCCUGAAGUUCCAGUUUGGGAAAUUAUCGUUGGUAUGCUGAAAGGGGAUGACCUAGCUAGAAAAGAUAGCGCUGUUAAAUGUAUUGAUGUACUUGCUAUUUCGAGAGAGGAUAAUUGGAAAGAGAUAUUAAACGCCGGUGGAGUUCCGGCAGUUGUCUCCCUACUAUAUCUUAACGACGAACGCAUUCAGGCCGUCGCAGUUGCAGUUCUUUGCAGUAUUUCUCAGCAUCAAGAUGUACGACUAGCUCUAUGUCAAACUAAUGCUGGGCCAAUCCUUAUACAACUACUAUCAUCUCCAAACGAUGAUAUACAAGCUCGAGCAUCUAUAGUCGUAGCCGAUAUGGCUUGUAUAGAAGGUCAACAAGAAUUACUCUCUUCACAAGGUGCCAUUUCUCCACUUGUCAAUUUACUAGAUUCAGAGAUUGAAGAUGUACUCGUCUAUGCUGUAAAUGCUAUAAAAAUGAUGUCACAGGGAUGUCCAGAUAUUCAGACAGAAGCCGCUAAAGGUGGAGUUAUUGAACCUUUAGUAGAAUUUCUCUCAAUUCAUUCAGAAAAACUUCAAGCUUCGGCAUCAUCUGCUAUAGCCGCUGUAUCAGGCGGUCAUAAAGAUAAUCAAGAUACUUUGAUAAAAGAAGGAGUUGUAAAACCACUCAUAAAGUUGAUUAAAGGUCACCAAGUCACGGCACAAGUUCAGGCAGCUUGCGCAUUAGAAGCUCUUUGUGAUGGCAAUUCCUCUGCUCAAUUAGCUUUUAUGGAAGAAGAUGGUCCGAAAGCUUUACUUAAGCUUUUUAAAUAUUGGUCGGUUCAAGUAAGGGAGCAGGGUGCUUGUGCACUUUGGUCUUUAGCGGGUGAUAAAAAGAAGCAACAAAAAGAAAUAGCAAAUCAUAUUGGUCUUCACAGAUUAAUUGAAAUGCUGUUAGCUACAUCAGAAAAGUUGCAGUAUGUAGGUUGCAUGGCUAUGAAUGCCCUUGGAUACGAAGAUAUGGAGGAACAAAACAAGAUAGUUAAACAAGAUGGAAUAGGUCCCUUAGUUCGUCUCCUUAGAUCUCCAAAAACUUCUGAAAGAGUAUUAUUAAUAGUAAUUCAACUAAUUGGAACUUUAUGCAUAGGAGUGGCUCACAGAAACAAUAAGGUCUCACAGAAGAGAAUGUCAGAAGAGAAUUCAAUACCUAGUUUAGUACAGUUAAUCAUUUCACCUCCAAACGAUGACAUAAAGGUAGAAGCCGCUUGCACUUUAGCUUGCGUAGUCCUUGGUAAUAGCAGUAACCAGCAACUUCUUAAAAUGGAAGAGACUUUUGACAUCAGUUACGUACUAGAGCUCUUAUAUUCGCCUAUUGACAGAAUUCGAUUAAGAGCCGGCUUCGCCCUCUCUCUUUUCGCCUUUAAUAAUACUACACAGCAAUAUGCUGUAAAGGAGGCGGGAGGAUUAGAAUAUUCAUUCUUCAGAUCCUUCCUUAAAUCCGAAGAUGAUCUAGAAAAAUGUAAUUCCGCCUUUCAAAUGGUUGUCUUAUCAAGAGUGGUGAAUGACAGAGAUCAGGUAUCACUUACUGCAGAAGGUAUUUCAAUGUUAGUCGAAGUUUUGAAAUCAAAAAAUGAUUCAACGGUUAGCGAAGCGGCCAGCUUAAUUGCCAGCGUCGCUCACACGAGAACAGGUAUUCCUGAUGCUCUCGUUACAGUUGGAGUAAUGGAUGUACUUAUAUCAAAAAUAAAUAGGGAAAGUGAUGACUAUUCAAGAAAUGAACAUUUAAGAUUUAUGUGCGCAACAGCCCUCGGUUAUAUGACAUUUCAUAGGCCGGCAAUGAGAAUUUUAUUAACUGCAUGUAGAUCAACACCCAAAUUGUUUGAAUCAUAUGUCGAAAAUUUGGGUAAGGACUUUAAAGCAUCUCAAGAAUUUUUUGAAGAAUUUGAACGAUGUAAAGCCGUUGGAAUGCCUUGCUUAAGCUUAGAAAAGUAUGGUGGUCCACCUAUAUUGGGAAAAAAGAAUGUUCCAAUGAAACGACCAUUGACAACUCAAACACGGAAGGCAACGGCAUCAAGACCCAUUCGUGUGACAUCAGCACCACCUAGAAGUCUUAGAACGGCUUCAAAUGUAACGAGUAUGACUGUUUCCCGACCACCUACUUCUGGAAAUACCUCUAGAAUUACUAUUGAUGAAAAUCCAUCAAAGUCCGUAUUCAAAAGUAGACUCAGUGCUUGGGGAAGUCGAUAA